UUGCAACGACCGUGGAGGAGUCACAGAGCACAAGUCUACUGGUCAAUGAGGCAAACAAGCUCUCACAUUCUUACAGUCAAAGUUAUGAAGCACAUAACUCCACUGUUGUCGUUCAAGGAUACGGCAAUGUAGUCUAUGUGGGUGAAAAACCUAGAAAAGAUCCCAAAAGAAAAAGACUACUGAAGAAUACGAAUGCUAAACGUGUAAAGGAGGUCAAAGUUACAUCAACUUUCCAACUAUUGAAAAAAGAAGUCGAACUGUAUUGUCAGACUGCUGAUUUCGAUUCAGGAGUUAAGAGAUUGUUUUUAGACAGAGUUUGUGCUCUACCACAUAAAGGGCCAACCGCUUUUUUCGCUUUUCAUGAUUUGUGCAAUAAAAGCAAACCACCACUGAUGCUAACAACAAAUAAAGCGGUCGAUUUAUUUGGAUCACGAUACCACAAUAAAGAGGAAGGAGAUGUGGACUUUCCUUCAUUCGAAAGAGUGGAGCAAGACCUGAUACGGUUAUUUAAAGACAUAAAUUCGAGAACAUUGUUAGAAGAUAUUGUGGUGGGUGACCACCUGCUAAAAAUGGCAGACAAGUGUCCUAGUUGGUUUAGGACACAGAGCUAUAACAGCGAGUACUAUCGUCCAGAGCUACAAGUUGGGGAGUACAGAGAGGUUUUGUCGAAGGAAAGUCGUUCAGAACCUAUGAAAAAUCUCAUAAAAUUAAUAAAUAAUCGUAUCACCACAUGGGUGUUUGGAACGAGUCUAUGUAAGUGCGGUUUACUGCUUGCUCUGCGGCAGAAUGGCCUAGAAAAAAACUACUUCUUGGGAUGCGAACGGUAUUUUCACCGUACAGAAAGGCGCUGCAAAUACACAGAAGAUCUUUGGGUUUGUCUGUACAGACUAGAAUCUGACUAGAGCUAGUGUAGAUGCUACAGCGUUAUUUUAGUGUGUAGGUUUUUAGCGUACUGCAUCUAGUAUAAUAAGAUUGCGUUAGCUAUCAAUUUAGAAUGUUACUAAUUUUUGGUUGUAUUGUAUAUUUUGUCAAGAGAAGUCCAGCUCGUCUAGAGAACAACUCUAGGCUGUGAUCGA